GCGGUCAUUUAACGCAGGUGCUUAAAUCCGGUCCGUGACUAGUGAAGCCUUGUUUAAGCCGCAAUAUGGCGCUUCCUAAACUGCACCUAUAAUCCGAGCGUUCUCCUGCAGUUCACGCGCUCCGUUGGGUUUGAUGGACAACAAUGCACCGUCGCAAGCCCCAAUAACGUCACCAGCAGGUCACGGUAGCAGGGAAGAUGCGAUCAAGCAGCUUGCUGCAGCCACUGGUGGCGACGGUACCCUUGUCACACAGCUAUUGAACAACCCCUUCUUUACGGCAGGCUUCGGCCUUGCUGGAUUAGCAGCAGCUGUACGCUAUGGAUCGCGAGGCUUGGCUCAGGUCGGCAGCCUUCUUCGUCAACGCUUGCUUGUGGACGUAGAGGUCACCCGCCACGACAAAGCUUACGAUUGGGUGCUUAACUGGAUGAUUGCGCAUUUCCAGGACCAGCUCCAGCCAACGCAGUCGCGGAAGCACGUCGGGACCAUUGAGUACCUUGUGCGCCGCUUCACACCUGGCUUACAUCAUCUGCAAGUCAGGACUGCGACGCUCAGAUCUGCCAAUGGAGCAGAACAGACAGCAUUCUCCAUGGUUCCGGGUCAAGGCAGGCACAUUCUCCGGUACAGGAACGCCUUCAUCGCCGUCAACCGCGAACGUGUUGGCAAAAGCUUUGACGCAGAUGGCAAACCGUUUGAAACGGUCACCUUGACCACGCUGUACCAUUACCGAUUUGUCUUCGAAGAGCUUUUCCGGGAAGCGCACCUUAUGGCUCAGCAAAGCACAGAGGGCAAGACUGUUGUGUUUACUAUGCAGAACUUAGGCUGGAAGCCGUCAGGUCAGCCUCGGCGAAGAAGACCUUUCGACUCAGUUGUUCUUGAAGAAGGUCUAGCCGAGAAGAUCCUCGGUGACGUGCGCGAGUUCCUUAACACACGAACAUGGUAUCUUGAUCGAGGUAUCCCAUAUCGACGAGGCUACCUCCUGUAUGGGCCGCCUGGUACUGGGAAGACGUCCUUCGUACAGGCGCUAGCAGGAAGCCUUGACUUUAACAUCGCUAUGCUAUCGCUCAGCCAGCGAGGGUUGACAGAUGAUUUGCUAAACAGGCUACUAUUAGAGGUGCCACCACGAACGAUCGUACUCCUGGAAGACGCAGACGCAGCUUUCAGCAACCGAAGACAGCGCGACGAAGACGGAUAUACUGGGGCGAAUGUGACUUACUCUGGUUUGCUGAACGCGCUUGAUGGCGUAGCGAGUGCGGAGGAACGCAUCAUCUUCAUGACGACGAAUCAUAUCGAUCGCCUUGAUGAUGCGUUGAUCCGACCUGGUCGUGUAGAUAUGACGGUCAGGCUUGGCAAUGCUACCGAAGGCCAGAUGGCACGGCUGUGGGACCGUUUCUACGCUGAACAGGAUGCCCACGGAGAAGGCAAGCGACGCUUUUUGAGCAAGGCGAUCAACGCUGGCCUGACCGACAAUGUAAGCACAGCCGCCUUGCAAGGAUUGUUCCUGUACAACAAGGGCGACGUUGAAGGCGCAAUCAACAUGGUAGACCAGCUUAAACCACAGCAGGCCGGUCGGCCGACUGCUGCGAUGACAGCACGGUAGGUUGUAUGGUCCUAGCGACCCGCUACAAUAC